CAGUGCAAGGUGGCCUCCACAACGAUCGAAACCUGAACCAGAAGAGUGUUGUUGUCAGUCGAUUGGUAGUAGUCGGCGGGACAGCACUUGUCUCUCACGUUGGUUUGGUCUGUGCGAGACUAGUAGGUCCUCUAAGCCAAGCUGCCCAGUUCUUCGCCUUCGUUGGCAUUGGAGGUCUUUAGGGAGAUUUGCAAAGAGCACCACCACCUGGCUCCGGCCUGGUGUAUGUCCGAGCGGCUAGAAGCCGUAGUAACGAUACCGGGCGAUGGACAGUUAUCUUUGGUUCGAAACUUCCGGAAGCUUCUUGCAGAGCUCCCAAAGGUAUAUUUUGAGUGUGCUGCCGUUGUGUGUGAUGUGUCUGCGCCAGUGAAUCAUUUUCCAUUGCGAAACUGUGUCAAAAAUAGGUGAGCCUGAAGGCAAUGUAGACAGACUUACACACGAAAGCGAUCGAAAAGUGUACAAAAAAAGACAAAAUUCGUACUACUUGUAGUUCGUUCGUACUCGUACCAUAAAUUCGUACGUCACUGGUUUCACCAGCUUUCCGGUGCACAUGAACGAAGCAGACCGGUGUUUAAAAAGAUGUACCAUUCGGUUCGAAUCUGCUAAAACGGCCAUGCUGCUUGGCGGUAGUCUACGUCGUCGGUGAUCCUGAAAGUGGAACGUAGUGCUGAAAUUCGGCACACGGCCAUCAGCAGGAGCGGUGAUGGAUGUUCGUUCUUUGCCUGCGAAAAAGUUGUAGCGGCAGUCUCCGGCUGCCAUGAAUAUGCUAGCUCCAAUUUCACGGUGAGCUUCCGUUUGGCCGAUUGCCGAGCAAACCGGGGUAACCCAACGUGGAUCCGUAUUGGCUGGACACGGGGGGCGUAAAGUGGAUGCUGCAUCGCGCCUUGUAAAUAUGUGCUUUAAAAUAAAAAAGGCCGUGCCUUAUCUGUGAUCUGUGAUAGUGCAAAACGGGGACUGGAAAAGAUUGCCCUGGGUAAACCAUCGAACCGUUUGGUACCUAGUGAGUGAGUGUAUGUGUGAUAUUAGUGUUUACUUCCGUCCUUGUCUUCACGCGGGGACCAUCACGACUAUCCCGAAUCCGGUAAAACCGGCUGACGUUUGCAGAGCGUGACCUGACGAACACAGCAAUUAAAAAUAAGUUCCUCAACAUUUGUCUCGUCGAUACGAUAUUGCGGUGCUAACGAAAAUGACGAGAAAAAAUAUUAUUAAGUUUUCAUACGACAGUGAUGAUGCCAUGGAGAGCUGCGGCUAUCUGAAGUUCACGGAUGACAACAUGAAGUCAAGCUUCUUGCAGAGUCUCAGUACGAUGCGGAAAAAUCGGCUCUUCUGCGACGUGGUAUUACUGGUAGAAAAUACGGAAAUCCAUGCGCAUCGGAAUGUGCUUGCUUGUGUUUCGCCACAGCUGAUGGAACUGUUCAGCACGGAUGCGGGCACACUGAACGGUGGGCCAACCGCAGCCAGUGACGCUAAGCUGCCCUGCUAUCGGCUGAACGGGCAGAUCACGAAGCACGGCCUGAUGUAUCUGGUCGAGUAUGCCUACACCGGAUCAUUGGAAGUGCCUGAUGAGAUGAUCCGCGAUGUCUAUCUCGCUGCCUGGCAGCUGAAGAUCGAUAGUGUGGUGAAGGAGUGCGCCCGCCAUCUUGUGAGCGAGCUGGAGCCGGACAUUUGCAUCGAGACGCGUUCGCUGCCCGGUAUCGAGCGGAACCGACGCUUCGUGCAGGAGGUGGACGCGUACAUCGCGAAAAACUUCCAUCUCGUCUCGGAGACGGCCGGGUUUCUGCAGCUGCCAUGCGUGCUGAUCGAGGUGCUGUAUCAAACGCGCCAAGAGAUGUCGCUGGUGGCGGAAUGCUCUUUGGGCCGGCUCGUUAUCGACUGGAUUCGGCGACAGAUGAUGAACGAGGAUGUAUCGGUUUCCUCGCUGCUAGAACGCUCGCACAUGCUCUACUUGGCACUAGAUAAUUCACUGCAAGACUGUGCAGAUCUGCCACCGGGACAAGAAUCGGAGAGCGAUUUGGUGCAGGACUACAAGCGGCUAGUGCUGAAAUGCCCGAGCAAUAAGAAGCAUCGCAAAGCGUUGAAAACACCUGGCAGGCCACGCAUGAUACUGUACAGCCGUGACAUCGGUGACCGUAGUGAUGCCGCGGAUGCUGCCGCCACGGAGAUGGAUUGGAGUUUGGUUGGCUGCAGCAAGCUUUCCGACCAUUCGUAUGUUGCGCUCGUUACGCUGAACGGCAACUUGGCGCGUUUAUCCAUUCAGCUGCGCCUGAACAUCCCUACGACACCGUCCCCGAUCAACACGCCGGAUGUGAUGAGCACCAGUGUCAGCAGGGAUGAAGAUCUGGACGAAUGCCAGCAGCCGGAACUGUUUUGCGAGGUCGCUACCAUGUCCGGCGCCAAGUGCGGUCUCGGUGUAGCCGAGCUUGAAGGCAAGCUGCUCGUUUGCGGCGGCUACGAUCGGGCCGAGUGUCUCCGAUCGGUAGAAUCCUACUGUCCCGAGACGAACAGCUGGACACAGCAGUCGAAUAUGGGAGAGGCUCGUGGACGCGUCCAGAUAGCGGUUAUCGAGGGAACGGUUUACGCCGUCGGUGGCUGUAAUGGCACGACCGAGCUGGAUUCCGUCGAGUAUCUCUCCAAGGCGGAUCGAAAGUGGAAGAAGAUGUGCAAACUACCUCUCGCUCGAAGCAAUGCAGGCGUGUGUGCGUUGAAUGGCAAGAUCUACUGCAUCGGUGGAUGGAAUGGACAGAGCGGUAUCAAACAGUGUGACGUGCUGAAGCCGGAAGAGAAUCGCUGGUUCUCGAUUGCACCACUCAACACCGGCCGCUAUCAGGCUGGCGUGACGGCAUACGGCGGCAAGCUGUGGGUCGUUGGCGGAAGCGAUGCGUGGAACUGUAUCGGCUCCGUUGAGGUGUACGAUGUGGAAGCAAACCAGUGGACUCUUGGACCAUCGCUCUUGACGCCGAGGCGUGGUUGUGGCCUGGCCGAGUACAACGGCAAGCUAUACGCCGUUGGAGGUAGUGAUGGCUCACAUUCACUGAACACGACCGAGUGUUACGACGAGGAAAGCAAAUGUUGGAUUGCCGGACCGAACCUUACAUCGCCCCGCUCCAACGUUUCGGUUGCGGUGGUUCAGAACCGUCUGUACGCGAUCGGUGGCUUCUCGGGUAAGACGUUCCUCAGCACGGUCGAAUAUCUUGACGCUGCGACGAACGAGUGGACCACAUUCGUGCCACAAACGAGCGCCAACAUUGACUCGCUGCUCGAGAACUCACUACGGGCGGCUCUGCAGAACGUGCGAUCCUCUUCAUCAACCUCGUCGUCGCCGGACCAUUUGAGCGGCAACGGAGGUGCGAACGAGAACACUUUCAAACCGAUCCACACCGCGCUCAAUAACGAGUACAACCGGCAGCAGCAUUCGCCAAAGGCAACGGCUGCCGGAAAGCAGGACAUUCUCUUCGCUUCGGCACAGAACAGUGCCAAAACGGCACUGCUGGAAGACGAGCAGGACGACCAUGACACCGGGGACCUGAGUAAAACUACGAACGCGACCAAGACAGCGCAGGAGAACAGUAUUAGCCUGCUGCAGCAGCUGGCGGCCAACAAGUGUACGGAAAUUGCGACCGCCGGCAAUCAUUCCAGCUAACUGACGCUGGCAACCGCCGGUGGUUUGACUGCGGUUCCGAUUGACACGAGCAUUGCAGCCGCAGCGCACCCAUCCGUUAUCGAAUGCGAUGACGGCGAGGAGGUGGACUAAGCAGGGAAAGCUGUCUGCACCCAUACAUUUCCAGAUUAAUGUUUUGCACACUCGGCAACGGUCCUUUCUUAUUGGCUAUUUUUCUACACGAUAAUGUGGCGACGUUUGUAAAGAAAAUCUUAUUGGAAAUAUCCAACUGGAAAUCUACAACUUGAGGCUGCUAUGAGCCCACGCUAGACGAAAAGGUGACGUAAGAGGCAGAGUAAGUGAUGAGGACUUUUUUUAAAUGGCGACAAAAAGAGCUAACAGGCGAUGAUUGCAAGCUAAAUAUUAAAAUUACUAGCCAGUAAGAGAUUGUCGUUGAAAUUUUGCUCCUCAAUGGCAUACUUUCCAAAUGGCGCAGUCCUGUCAGCGGAAUGGAAAGUCGGACGGACGCCCAGACUAAAUAGCUUGUAAGCAAGGAUAGAUCAAGAAUAAGUACGAUCAAUAAUUGAUUUGCUGCUUGUCGACAGGCACGAACAUUCAUGUCGUCAUGGUUUUCGCGCCUGCUUCGUGUGCUAUAACGUGCUUGUUUUUGGUUUGUUCCGUAAUGUAAACGAUCGUGGAUGAAAUUUUAAGAAUCUGUCCUAACGGUAGUAAUGUAAAGGUGAUUCAAUUUGCCUACCUUGCCUUCGCACCAAUCCCGUUUAAAAGAUGAACCCAAGAUGCGAUGCAAUGUGUCAUGAUUUUGCAAGUUGUGAGCCAUUCGUUUGCCGCUUUACACCCUAAAGAAGAACACUAGCCGGUAGAUUAGUCUUUCGAUGCACGAUGCGAUUAUUUGCCACGAUUGAUUUUUUGCCACAUGCAGCACAUUCUAAAGUCAUCGUAUUAGGGUUAAACACUGAUUGAGCUACAUCGCGAUGAACGCAAUUAACGUGCACUGAACUUGCGUUUUGAACUUUGCACAGCCCCCCAAAUGCGCAUUCCUCUGGUGUAUUGACUAACAUUCAUCGAACCGCAUUACUAUCGAAUGCGACGGGAGACACAAUGCGUCAGCAUAGGGUCAUUCAAACCUAUCGGUAUAACUGCGUGACACAACAUGUAGGCUCAUAAUCAGCACUGGUUAGGGUGAAAGGGAAUAGCGCAGGUCCAUUUUAUAUAACGGAUAGAAGCACAGGAGUUGUAUGAUCACAUCAAUCCAUUACACUAUGACAGAUGCGUAUAGACUGGGUAUUGUUUCAGACAGAAAGUGGCACUAUUGAACAGAAGGCAUGGUCUGUCCACAGUUGAUGGUGUUAAGUUUCACGCAACUCUAUACCUUAAAUAAUGUAGCUACAUAAAAACUGAAAAAAAUCUUUAGAUAUUAUAAGUUCUACUAAAAAAUAUGACUUUUUUCUAAAGCAAUUAUUGAAUGCACGGAA